CGUCGUCGUCCGUUGUCACAACAACGUUUGUUUGUUUGUUUACUAACUGUACCAAUUCAAUCUUCGAAAAAUGUCUGGACGCGGUAAAGGUGGAAAAGUGAAGGGGAAGGCAAAGUCGCGUUCCAAUCGUGCCGGUCUCCAGUUUCCCGUGGGCCGUAUUCACAGGCUGCUACGCAAGGGCAACUACGCCGAACGCGUCGGUGCCGGCGCUCCGGUUUACCUCGCCGCCGUGAUGGAAUACCUGGCCGCCGAAGUGCUCGAGUUGGCCGGCAACGCCGCCAGAGACAACAAGAAGACCAGGAUCAUACCUAGACAUCUUCAAUUGGCCAUCCGCAAUGACGAAGAAUUGAACAAACUGCUCUCCGGUGUGACCAUCGCUCAGGGCGGUGUACUGCCCAACAUCCAGGCGGUGCUUUUGCCCAAGAAGACCGAGAAGAAGGCGUAAGUCGUCCACUUUCGUUCGUUCGUUCGUUCCUCUAUUUUGUUGUUGUUUUUAUUGUAUGUAUUUUGUAUUGUACACACACACCUAUGUUGUCGUUCACCUAAGGUGCGACUCCAUAAUUGUAGUGCGUGUACAUACACACACAUAUACGUACUUGCUCAACAACAAUCUGAGGCCCGAUAUGGAUGGAUGGAUGGACUCUUACGUGGUCGCCGGGUGCGUCGACUUGCUAACUCGGAAUAAAAAGACAAAAAGGCCCUUUUCAGGGCCACAAUAUGAUUCUUAUGCGUUAAAAACAGUUUCACUUUUGAUAAACCAAAGUCAA